AUUUUGUCGAACGAAACUGAAUUAUUAAUAAAAAACAAUAAUAGUGUCCUUUUUUUAAAUAGUUUUUAAAAUUAUUGACAAUCGUAUCUAUAGUUUGUGUUGUGAAUUUAUUUUUAUGUGUUUGGUUGUUAAAUUGUAGUUAACAAUGAAGUUAAGUAUCCUGCUACUCCUAGCUGUGGCAGCACACUGCCAUGGCUACCACAUUAUCACAAUGUUCCCAAUGCCAUCACACAGCCACAACCAGCUGUCCAAGGGCAUCGUAGACGCUCUGCUCCAAGGAGGUCAUACGGUGACCUGGGUGACUCCAUUCCCGGAGAAGGCUGACAAGAAGAACCCGAAGCUGAAGCUGAUCGACAUCAGCUCGGUUCGACGUCAUGUUGCUAAUAUCGACAUGACAGAUCAGGCUCACAACAACGCCGGUAUCUCUUUCAUAAAAGAGUUCGCUGGAAAUAUGUCGCUAGAAAUGCUGAAUACUCCUGAUGUGAAGGAGGCUCUUCUGAAAGGAAACUUCGAUGCUGUAGUCACUGAAAAUUUCUUCUGUGACUUCUUAGCUGGAAUCCCAGCAGUUCUGCAGGUGCCUUGGAUCCAGUUAGCCGCGACCCAGGUGCACCCUGACAUUGAGGCGCAGGUCGACGAGGUCCGUUCAGUGCCCACCAUACCCCUGAUGUUCAACCCUUCAGGAGUUCCCAUGUCAUUUGCCAGCAGAGCAAUAAACGCCAUGAUAUACUCCAUGAUGGCCGUUUACCAAUGGUCUGGUCGUGCCGCUACCAUCAAACAGUAUGAAGAUUUCUUCACCCCCAUCGCUGCAGCGAGAGGUGUGUCCCUCCCUCCCUUCGACGAUGCAUUCUACAACGUCUCCAUCACCUUCGUAAACUCCCACGAGUCCCUGACUCCAGCGUUCACUACUCCUCCCAAUGUCGUCAGCAUUGCUGGUUACCACAUGGAUGAGAAUAUUCCACCAUUGCCUAAGGACUUGCAAGAAUUGCUGGAUGGAUCACCCCAAGGUGUGAUCUACUUCAGCAUGGGCUCAGUCCUUCGCUCAUCAGCUCUGAAGCCGCACACCCGUGCUGGUCUACUGAAAAUGUUCGCUGCCCUCCCUCACACAGUGCUGUGGAAGUUCGAGGAGCCUCUCAAAGACCUCCCUCCCAACGUCCACGUCAGACCCUGGAUGCCCCAGCCUAGUAUUCUUGCUCACCCCAACGUGAAGGUAUUCAUCACUCACGGAGGUCAGUUGAGUUCGUUGGAAGCUGUUCGAGCCGGAGUGCCGCUGCUGUCGGUGCCGGUGUUCGGAGACCAGCCCGCGAACGCCGAGCGAGCCAGGCGCAGCGGAUAUGCUCUGAAAGUGGAUUUCUCGCCAGAUAUGGUGCCCGAACUAGAAGUCGCUCUAAAGGAGAUCUUGAAUAAUGACCAAUAUUCAAAACGUGCGAAGUAUCUCUCGAAGAUAUUCACAAUGCGUCCCACCACCCCCAAGAAGUUAAUCAACCACUACGUGGAACUGGCCAUCGAGACUAAAGGAGCACACCAUCUACGCUCGACGUCUCUACAAUACAAAUGGUACGAGCGCUGGAUGUUAGAUGUCUUGCUCGCCGUGCUAGUCACGCUUGCGAGCAUAGUAGCUCUGCUCGUGUACGCUGUUAAGAAGGUCAUAAGCAAAGUGACAGGAAAAAAAGUUUACACAGAAAAAUCAAGUAAAAAGAAAAGAAAUUAGCACUUAUAACUUAUUUAUUAAUUUAUUUAAGUAGAUA